GUCCACUACGUACUGCUCCACACAAGCUCCAGCCUGGCCUUCACAUCAUAUCUCCGUUCCACAGGCUUCAGAUGCAAGAUUUGAUUUGAGCAGCUUUCGACGCCGUGAGAUAGAGCCGUCGACGCCAUGAAACACCGCUGCACUCCUUCCCGACGUACUCAUCUGCGUUUUCCGACUUCACCGAUGCCGUCAACAAUGCCGCCGCUGCUUUUUGACCUUUUUUUAAUUCUAUUUGUCUUUACUUUUUCUUUUUCUUUUUUCCUUUUUUCUUUUCUCUUCCUGCGGGCCUACCUGCGGCUUUCUUGUUCCGUUUCUUUGUUCUUGUCCCACCAUGUUUUCAUAUGUGGAGCUCACCAUUUUAGAUUUUAGUAUCCGCGAGAUGACGGACCUGUAGCAAUAAUGAGGAGAUUGAGCAAGAAGAAAGAGAGAUGGUGCCUCAAGCCGGAGAUUAAGGGCGAAGGAGAACUGGAGAAGCAUGCCGGAAUUCCCACCGCCGAACUCCGUCUCGACGAUUUUCUGUAAAGAUACAUCUGGUUUGCAUCUUAAGGGAGUUGCCACAAAGUUGAAAACUUCAUCUUUGUUCAAAUCUUCCCAUCCGCUUCAGAUUUCUCCAGUCCUCUUCCCUCAACUUUUUAUCAGAUCCGAAAGCAACCCCGUCCCUGUUCUCCAAAUUAUUAGUAAAUUUCUUACAAUUGAUACCUCUUCUCAUUCUCACUCUUCAUCUCCCUUCUUUGAUUUGGGGAACAGCAAAAGCAACCUUUUUUCACCGGCGGCGGUGAGACUAUGAAGAAGCAUGGUAUUUCAGAAAACAAAUUCGACCCAAGAACCGACCGUUUCUGGCAGAGAAAGAGUCGACGCGAUGUAGUAACGACUUUGGUGUUUCUCUUCUUGGGCUUGAAAAUCUCUGCAAAUUAAGAACCCGGAAGAAUUUGAUGAACGAGAGUGGGUUUGAGAAAGGAGAAAGAUGAAGGAAGAAGUACUCUUAAUUUCUUGAAUUUGAGUUCAGAAUGAGAGAGGAGGUUGCAAAGAUAUAAAUGGAAGACAGAAGAUUCAAGGGUACGGUGGUCUAUGACUGAUGGAUAUAAGUCCCAAAAUCGGAGAAGCAUAUAGCUGCAGCCGGUGGAGUUUGAGCUUCUUCGGAUGAUUAAUCGUUAGCCGUUAGCGGUUGGUGCAGUCUAAGCUUUAGAGAAGCAGAGAGACGAGAGAGACGACGGGAGAUGGAUGAGUCACGUGCUUCCCAAACUACAAAGUAGCAACAAAGUAGCAACAAAGAAUUAACACAUGGGUAAAAAUGAGGAGCUUUCUUCCAAUUACGGAAUCCGGUCCUCACAAACACAUCAUCACCAAAUCUCUUUCCUUCAUGCCCAUGAAAAAGGAGAUCUGCAUCUAACUAGAGAGACAUGGAAGCAGGCACACUAGUAGAAUCGGUGGUGGCGGCGGAACAUAUGGCAGCAAUCCGAGAGGAUGUGUGGCGGCGAUGGAAGAUAGAGGGCAGCAGCAGAUGAAGACUUACUUUGCAGCGGCGGCGGUUUAGGCGACGUCGGAGGUGGGUUCUUGCGUCCGGCGGCGGUGGCGUCCGGCGUCCAACGGUGGUGGCGUCCGACGGUGGUGGCUGAAUAAGAGGUGAUAUUCCAGCACCACAUCUGGUGCGGUGAUAUGUUGAGAAUAGACUACACGUGUGUAAUUUGUUUUAUAUGUAUGUGUGAGUUGAUAAAUAGAUUAAACAAACCAGGAUUUCAUUAUUAAGGGUACUUUGGUCAGUUUCUAUUAAAACUUCCGUAUGAAACAUG